CGCGCGCGGUGCGGGGAGGCGGCUGAGCUCCGGGACUUCUAGCGGAUCCGCAGGCGGGCGCCGCUGCCAGGGCAGCCACCGGGCUCCGGGUUCCUGGCUGCUCGCACGGUAAACAAAGACAGCUGAAGCAGACUCGUGCAGGAUUCCCCUGGCUCUUCUGGUCCAAGACCCUAGCACGCCCUCUCCCUGGCAGCGUGUGGUCGAGGCCUCACCUAGACCAGUCUGAGGAGGAACAAGCCAUCUCAUCCGUCUACAGCCAUGGAUUUCCUCCGGCGGCGGCUCUCUGACAGCAGCUUCGUGGCCAACCUGCCUAAUGGCUACAUGACGGACCUGCAGCGCCCAGACAGCUCCACCAGCUCCCCUGCUUCCCCGGCCAUGGAGCGGAGGCACCCCCAGCCCCUGGCAGCCUCCUUCUCCUCUCCAGGAUCCAGCCUUUUUAGCUCCUUCUCCAGUGCCAUGAAGCAGACCUCGCAGGCCCCCUCGGGGCUGAUGGAGCCUCUGGGUCCCUCCACACCUGUCGUUCAAAAGCCCAGGAUCCUGUUGGUGAUCGAUGAUGCCCACACAGACUGGGCCAAGUAUUUCCAUGGAAAGAAGGUGAAUGGAGAGAUUGAGAUCCGAGUGGAGCAGGCUGAAUUCUCAGAGUUGAACCUCGCCGCCUAUGUUACUGGGGGCUGCAUGGUGGACAUGCAGGUUGUGAGAAAUGGGACCAAGGUUGUGAGAUCCUUCAAGCCGGACUUCAUCCUGGUCCGUCAGCAUGCCUACAGCAUGGCCCUGGGAGAAGAUUACCGCAGCCUGGUCAUUGGCCUCCAGUACGGAGGGCUGCCUGCCGUCAACUCCCUCUACUCCGUCUAUAACUUCUGCAGCAAGCCCUGGGUGUUCUCUCAGCUCAUUAAGAUCUUACAUUCCCUGGGUCCUGAGAAGUUCCCGCUUGUGGAGCAAACGUUUUUCCCCAACCAUAAGCCAAUGCUCGCAGCCCCUCACUUCCCUGUGGUGGUCAAGCUGGGACAUGCCCACGCUGGAAUGGGAAAGAUCAAAGUGGAAAACCAGCUUGAUUACCAGGACAUCACCAGCAUGGUAGCUAUGGCCAAAACCUACGCCACCACUGAGGCCUUCAUCGACUCCAAGUACGACAUCCGCAUCCAGAAAAUUGGAUCCAACUACAAGGCUUACAUGAGAACCUCCAUCUCUGGAAACUGGAAGGCCAACACAGGCUCUGCCAUGCUGGAGCAGGUGGCCAUGACAGAGAGGUACAGGCUGUGGGUGGACAGCUGCUCCGAAAUGUUUGGUGGCCUAGACAUCUGCGCUGUCAAGGCCGUCCACAGCAAGGACGGCAGAGAUUACAUCAUCGAGGUAAUGGACAGCUCGAUGCCCCUGAUUGGAGAGCAUGUGGAAGAGGACAAACAGCUGAUGGCCGACCUUGUUGUCUCCAAAAUGAGCCAAUUCCUGAUGCCAGGAGGCACAGUGCCCUCACCCCUGAGGCCUUGGGCUCCGCAGACUAAACCGGCAAAAUCCCCUGGGCCAGUCCAGUUGGGGACUCCGCUGGGACAGCCCCAGCCACGCCCACCCACACAAGGGGGCCCUCGCCAAGCUCAGUCUCCUCAGCCCCAGAGAUCUGGAAGCCCCUCCCAACAGCGGCUCUCCCCACAAGGCCAACAGCCCCAGAGCCCCCAGUCUGGAUCCCCACAGCAGCAGCGAUCACCAGGCUCUCCACAGCUGUCCCGGGCAUCCACUGGCAGCUCUCCAAACCAGGCAUCCAAGCCAGGCGCCACCCUCACCUCACAGCCCCGGCCCCCCGUGCAAGGCCGCAGCGCGUCCCAACAGGGUGAAGAGUCCAAGAAACCAGCACCGCCCCACCCCCACCUCAACAAAUCACAGUCCCUGACAAACAGCCUCAGCACCACUGACACUUCCCAGCGCGGGACCCCAAGUGAAGACGAGGUCAAGGCUGAAACCAUCCGCAACCUGAGGAAGUCGUUCGCCAGCCUGUUCUCUGACUAACUCUGUGCAUCCGGGGAGGGGUGCUCUGUUACCCUCCCCCCGUCCUGCCUCAUCUUCCUUCUCAGGCUUGGUUCCUGAUGGGAACAGAAUGGAGGGCCUGAGAAUAUACUUUCUAAAUGCCUUUGACCCAGGAACUAAGUAUCUAUGUGUGUUCCCACAUCCCUUCAUCAUGACAUUCCAGUGUCAUCCAGCUGAGUGGUGGGCCUCUGAGAGCCUCCAGGUUCCACAAAAUGGGCCUCAGGCCAGGCAUCCCAUCAACCUGCCAUUCAGAUGCUUGCUUCCUUGCCUCAGCUAACCGAGUGAGAUGUCUGUGCUAGUGUUCACCUCUCUCGUUAGAGUGUUUCUUGCCUUUGGGCGAAGGUCCCCCUCGAGGCCUUGCCCCAUCUCCAUCCAACGCAGACACUGCAGUCGGACCUCAGCAACAUAGGAGGCAAUAAUCUUUUGACAGUGUUUUGCCAACAAAAGGAGAAAAGCCCAGCCAGGGGAACCUGUCACCCACCCAUGCCUAGUUCCAUCCAGGCUUUAGACAGACCGCCCCUCAGACCAGGCAGGCAAAGACCAUUUCGCCUAACCACCUGGGGUCCUUGAGGACAAUGGAAAGAAACCAGACCCUGUGUGACAAGACAGGCCUUUCAGAACACAACAGAAAUGCUGCUCACGCCCAGCAUGGACAGCCACGAGCUGACCACAGGUUCUUUUAGGAAGCGUUACUAGUUCCCGGAGGGGAGAGAUGCCCGCAGCGUCCCCAGGAAGGAGUUAGGUUAGGGCUCCUCCACCCUUGCUGUUACACCACCAGGAAUUCUUUCUGCAUUCCUACCAGGAAUGUUGCUUCCUCCUCAAGGAUAUAUGAGGAACCAGAGAGAAUCAGCAGAUCAAUGACACAGGACCAGAAAGCGCAAUUAUAGUAACUUCUAGGUGGGCAUUUCACAAACUCUGUACAGCAUUUGGUAGGUUAAUUACAAAAGAUACCCAUGGCCAAACAUAUUUAGGAAACACUGUUUAUAUAUCCUUUUUUCUUUCUUUCUUCCUUUUUCUUUCUUUCUUCUUUUUUUUUCUUUUUUGAGAUUGGUAGUACACAUUACAUGACAAAGGCUCUUGGAAUUCCUGCAGCAAAGAUAUUAAUCUUAUGUUUCACCCGAACUUAUUGGACUAAACAAGUUAACUCCAGAGCUGGAAAGUGUCGUCCUGACUCCCUUCCCUGUGCUAUUC